AUGUGUUCAUCUGGACUCAGUGUAGUAACCGCGCCAAUGGCCAUCACGGCAGGAGCCUCUGGUGUGGGUGUGGGCUCAGCUAUCAACAAGCUUAAUGAUGUAGUUGCCAUGAUUGCACAAGUAAGAAGCACUGCAGCUUCUUUAGGCAUUUCAGCUGAUAGAAGUAGCUUAGCUGACGAAAAAAACGUCAGUGUAACAUAA